GCUUAACGUCUCACCGCUAGCCCAGGUCGCAGGUGCUACCUUGCACUUCCACGGUAUUCAAGUGGCUGGUUAUUAUCAGGACAAAGUGAAGAAAUAACGAUUGAAUCCACUGCACUAGUUCGACACGCACGAAUAGCUCAACAUUCUGUUGCUGGCUAGCGAAGCCCAGAACGAUGGCUGGGCAAGCUGCUGUAAGCUACUGUAAACUGUUCUUUAUAUAUACGUAGCGCCUGUUACUAGCGCUUGGACUGUUGAGAGAGCGGAGCCAACAUGGACUCGCCUUCGCCAUGGCCACCGCCGUUUCCGUCCUCGCCGUCUCCCCCGAGCCCCGAUGUAACUGACGAGGACAGCUCGCCCGACCUGUGGUAUGUGGGCGCCAUCAUCAACGUGGUUGGAAGCGUCUCCAUCAACCUUGGGAUGAACCUCAUGAAGCUGGGACACAACAAGCGCGGAGAGCUGGACAUGCCGGAGGAGGAGAAGCCGCCCAUCCGCAAGUUCAAGUCCUGGGUGAUAGGCCUGAUCAUAUUCAUCACCGGCAACGUCCUCAACUUCGUGUCCUUCGCCUUCGCGGCCCAAUCGCUGCUGGCGGCGCUGGGCAGUCUACAGCUGGUAUGCAAUGUGUUCUUCGCCUACAUGGUCAACAAGGAGCCGGUCACCAAACUCAUCAUCUUUUCGACCGGGUGCAUCAUCGGCGGAUGCGUACUGCUGGUGGUGUUCGGCAACCAGAGCUCCGAAACAUACACGGUGGACGAGCUCAUUGACUUUUACAAAAAGCCAGCGUACAUCGUGUAUCUGGUGAUGAUGGGCGUGGUGGUGUUUGGCACGUACGUCCUGUACCUGCACAGCAAGAAGGUCUGCAGGAAGCGCGGGCAGCGGGGCGUGUGGUACUUCCUGAUGCUCAUGUCGUACUCGGUGUUCAGCGCCAUGCUUGGCUCCCAGAGCGUGCUGUUCGGCAAGAGUAUCUCCGUCAUCCUGCGCACCACAUUCAGCGGCGACAACCAGCUCGGCAACUGGUACACUUGGGUGGUGCUCCCGGUCUUCACCUUCGCAGCGUUGUUUUGGGUUACACGCCUGAACAAGGGCCUGCGCAUGUUCCCGGCCAUGGUGAUUGUGCCACUCAUGCAAAUCUGCUGGACGCUGUUCUCCAUCGUGUCGGGGAUGAUCUACUUCGAGGAGUACAAGGGCUUCACUACACUGAUGUGGAUUAUGUUCCCUGUGGGCGUCGUGAUCGUCUUCAGCGGCGUGUUCCUGCUCACGUUGGGUGGCGGCCGGGCCCCGCCUCCGGACGAGCUGGAGGAGGAGGAGAAGAUGCCAGACUCCGCGGCCGGCUCGCUCUCCAAGAUGACAGUGCACGAGAACGCCAUGUUCACGUCGCGGCCAGAUGGCGAGACCGGGCCCUUGGAGCUGGGCCCGCCAGCAAGUGCCAAGAUGUCGCUGGGCCAGACGCUGCGGUUCACAAGCACCUGGGCGCCGGCCAGUGUUGCCGUGUCACCGGGCUCCAACAUGAACCGCACGCUAAUGACCAAUGAGUCCUUGCGGCGCCAGCGGCGUCCCACCGAGGCGAUGAGUGACCUGAAUGCAACCAGCCGGACCAACCGCACUGACGACCCCCACAACUACGAUAAGAACAGCACGCUCAACCGCACAGCCCAGAGCAAUACGUCACGCGUGUCGGAGACGCCUUCCAUGAUGGGCACCAUGAAGAAGGGCAUCAAGAGCAUGCACAACCGGCUGACCAGCGACCUGGGCAUAGAGACCAAGACUGGCUUCAAGCUGGCCAUGGGCCUGGGCGAUGGUGCCCUGUCGGGUGUGAGCCUCUUUGCAAUGCCCGCACUUGACUUCACCUCAACGAAGCGCACCAGCCGUUCCGGGGCGUCUGCUGCUCAGCAUAACGGUGCCGCGGACUCUGCCAUCCUCAGCGCUUUGCCACGAUCCAAAUUCUUUGGCAAACCGGAUCACCACGAUGGGCUCACCACCAUCGCCGAGGGCAGCGGGCUGCCCAAGGCGCCUAGCUCGGAGCUCGGGGCGUCGCUGACCGCCAGCAGUCAGUUGCCCAGCUCCCGAGAGGGCCACCGCUACUCCCCCGAUGAGGCCAAGCAUAAAGAGCAUGCAACCCAUGGCGCAGGGGUGCAGCAGGAAGCAGCAGCAACUGGGAAACCACCAUCAAACAAGCCGCUUGGUGAGGCAGCAUUUGUUGGGCUGCUUCCAGGGCCCUCCUUCAAGCCGUCAAGGGCUGCAGCCCUAGAGGACGAAGUGCCACGGACUCCUUCCAUGGCGCCAACACCGGCAGGUGCAGGCAGUGGGCCCAAUUUCCGGGUCGGGCGCAGCAGGAAUGGGCCGGCGGAAGUCAGCCUGGCUCUGCCAGCAGGGUUCGCUCCUGUCCUGGCUCCUGGUUCUGCGGCGGCUGCAAUGACCGGCGCAGCAGCUGCAACUCUGGCAACGGCUGGUGGCACUGACUUCGUGGAUGGCGCUGCCGCAGCGGCAUACGGCCGGCCAGCAGCGAUGCAAGGUGGCGGGCCAGCACCUCAGGACAUGGCAAUGCCGGGGCCGGGUGCCAGUGGGCCUGGGCGGCCACUGGGCAUGCCGCGGCCGGGAAGCCUAGCCGCCAUGCUGCCUGACGGCGUGCCCCUGAGCAGCGCCGGCAGCAUGGUCCUGCACGACAGCCGCCCCAGCACGCCGCCUGAGGUCAUGCUGGCAGGAGUGGGCGCCAGUGGGAACUUCCAGGGCGUGAACCUACAGUCACCGCGGCUGCAGCAGCAGCAGGUGCAGCAGCAGUACAUGUCUCCCAUACCCUACUCAGUGCUGCAGCGGGCCCACACGCCGCCGCUGGCGGGCAGUCGGCUGCCUGCCCCACACCUGCUGGUGCCGGGCAUGCCAGUGGUGGCGCACAUACAGCCCAUGCUGCAACCGGCAGUGUCGGGGGGUCACUACGCCCAGAUGUUAGCCGGCCAGCACAUUGCUGGGCCCGAUCUAAGUGGGGGCGGCUUGCCACCAACACUGUCAGCACCGCCGCGGGUGAUGACACCGGUCGGGUCGCUGGGUGGCGCCGGUGCGGGGUCGACAGGAUCGCCGUCGGGUGUGUUGAUGGCCUCACACAACCAGUCACCGCGAGGGCUUAGCGUUUCGCGGUCUUGGGCUGGCAGCCUGGGCGGCGGCAUGAAUGUGUCACGAAGCUCCCCACUGCGGGGCAGCGUCUUUAGCCAUUUUCAGCGACCGCUUCGACCAUGGCAGGGGUAGAAGACAUGUCGGUUGUUGCCAGCAAUUAGGCUUGCUAGUGACGUGCAGUCAAGUCGCUGUACAAUGGUUCUGACAGGCCUGCCGUCGCGCAGGCAAGGGAGCGUACAGAAGGAGUUUCAAGCGUGCAAUUUGAGGGUAGUUCGCUGAUUAUGUACCGGGCUCGCCUAUUCAUUUGUACUGAAUUGUGUGUUUGGGUGUUAGGCAAGGCAUAGUGACAAUGACAGGCCAUUCCAAUGUGUGACCCGCAGAAGCCCGGUGACGGGCAUGUUGGCUGGACGAGUCUGGUGCGACGCAUGUCAUCACAGUAUGUACUGGUUUAUCUAAGCAAUUGCAGUGUACAUGCUUCCAGUGCUUUUAUUUGGUGAGGUAGCAGCUGGGCAUAUGUACAUGGGUGGGGGCCACUGAGACAGCAGCACAUUAGGCCUUCAGUAGCGCAUGUGCUCUUUGCACACAAUCUGAUGAUGGCUUUGAUGCGAGGUAGUCAGAACUACCGUUUUGGGACUGUUGCGAGCAGACGUUUAGCGUGACGCCAUGUCUUGAGAACCACAGCUGCCUCAUUGGUGCAAAACUUUGGCACGGCCCUAUCACAAGGAGGGACAGAAUGGGCAUGGGCGUUUUUGAGCAAGACACAACAUGAUGCCAUGCGUUGACAAGGGGUGUUUGCCUUGAAACAGCUGGAAAUGGGCUGAGUAUUAUGUUGUAUACGUGGUUAUCAACACCCUUCU